GCGGAGACGUAUGUCCUGGAUGUCGUCCUUCGUCUUGAUUUGGGCUCUGUUCUGCUGCCCAACUCGUGCACAGAGCAAAAUCAACCUGAACGCGAAUCCUUGGAAGCUGGAUUACAAUGCAGAAGGACGAUGGAAUGCCAUUUCACAGCUGGUAGACUUCCCAGAGCAAGUGAGUACUAUCCUCCAUGCUCAUCUGGAUCGAGCAGAAUCUCAUGUGACUAUACAGAACGUCACCUUCUUCCCGUCCCUUACGCAGACAAGCUUGUUCAUACAAGCUAGUGCCUGCGACACGCAAAAUUCAGCCUGUCAGCUGCAGCGAGCAAGCAUGUGGACACAGAGCGCCGCACAUUCACUUUUCGACUGGGUCAACACAUCUGUCCCCGACGCUUCCGAAUGGGAUGCUGCGGCAACACCUCUGAUGCUCGAGGGGUCGGCAGUCUUGACUACUGAUCGAAUCGUCUUGUGGUCGGCAGAUCGCGCAGAUGGACCAUACUAUCUUGAUGGGGUGGCUAUUACUAUAGCUUCCAACUAUACCGUCACAGAUCCGGACCCGGAUACGUUCUACACACUGGAUGUUGGCAUGCAUUUCCUGAAUCGUGCUUAUCAGACUGGAAACAUUCCAUCGGUUUCUUUCGGCCUACACGUAGGCUCUGUCUGGCCUCCGGUUCCGGGAAGUCUUGUGCUAGGCGGCUAUGAUAGAUCUCGAUGCAUCAGUACGCCGAUUGUAUCGGACACAAACGACUUCUCGCUCGCCGAGCUAAGCCUAGAAGUUGCGUCAGGCGGCUGGCCUUUCUUGAACACUUCAAAAGCCGACCCCGAACAUCUACUGCGUAGAGGUGAUGCCAAUAACAGUAACAAUUCUCUGACGGUUAUGCCCAAUCCUGGAGUGCCAUACUUGUACCUCCCGGAGGAUACAUGCUCAACUAUAGCAUCGUUCCUUCCCGUGACAUAUGAUCGAACCGUUGGGCAUUAUAUCUGGAACACAACACAUCCAGCAUUCGAAGCUAUUGUAACAUCGCCGUCAGCUUUGAGAUUCUCGUUCAGUACAGGUUCAGGAGUCGAGAACAUCUCAAUACCUUUCGCACUCCUGAACUUGACACUGGACUAUCCUCUUGCCAACACACCAACGCAAUAUUUUCCCUGUACUUCUUACACACCGUCUAAUGGUUCGCCAUACCACCUUGGACGCGCUUUUCUGCAAGCAGCGUUCCUUGGCCAGCACGGGCAGACACAAAAGACGUUCUUAGCUCAAGCUCCAGGUCCGGGUAUGAGAGCUGAGGCUAUCACAAAGCUUGCUUCUACCGACACGACAUUGACGGCUAUGGCUAAUCCGCCAGAGUGGAACGCGACAUGGACUGGACAACUGAAAGCACUUCCAGAUAACAACGAAACAAACACGCUGGAGACAGAUAAAUCCAAAGGUCUAAGUGGUGGCGCGAUUGCUGGCAUCGUAGUCGGAGCAGUUGCUAGUCUCGGGCUAUGCGUGAUCGCAGCUCUUGUUUUGCGUCGUCGACGCACAUCCAGCAAGCAGCAGACUGUGCAUUGGGGUGGACGUCAGACCAGUUUGGAAAGAANNGACUUUUUAGGUCACGGCACAGGUACAGUGAGCGAAUCUGCAAGCGAGCCUAUCCAUGAAAUUUCGACUUCUCAAGCANGCGAAAAGAGUGGCAACAAGGAUGGAGCAGUAGAAAUGGAGGUACCGGCAUAUAUUGGAGAGUUGCAAGGGAGCGAUGUGUAUCGGAGAAGUCAGGUGUUGUCU